CCCUUUCAAAACUUUCCACACCUUCUAUGCUACUUCCCAUUCACAGCUGUUUUUCUUCCCAAAUCAAACGCUCUUUCUCUCUAUCCAUCGACACGCCACCGUUUUAUUCAACCGCACCGCAACGCAAAUCUUCUUUCCACUGGUUUCUUUCUUUCUUUCUUUCCAAAUCUUCCGAGAUCCAUUCGCCUCGAGUCACCGCUUAGUCAACUCAACUCAACUUCAAGCCAACGCUCUUCUUCUCUCUAAGAUCUCCCUCGGUUCAAACUUCAAACAGAGUAAAGUCAUCUUUUUUUCAAACGACGUCGAAUUGACCGAAGUUUAAAGUUUUUCUUCCACAUCUUUUUUAUUUCAUUUAUUCAAGAUCUCCUUUGUGUGGAAACCGGACCUGGGGAAGAUAAACGUAAUCUUGAUUGAUUGAAACGACGUCGGAUUUUACUGAAGACAAAUCCAUAUCAACAGCUUUAUUUGUAUCUUUCCAAUCGUGUUUUUAAGAUCUUGGUUUGUUGGACCUGAGUAGGGAUUAGUAAUUAGGAUUCCAUCUUUGCGUAGAGAUUUAGUAAUCAGGAUUCCAUUUCUAUCAUAUCGGAGAAGCACUUUUCUGUGGUGAAACGACUAAGUAUCGACUGAGUUGAAGUGGACUUGGUGUCUCUGUCGGAACUGUUGCGACUGACUAAAAAAUCCGGCAGUCGGUGAAUGGCGGCAACGGAGGCUUUAGCAGUGGCAACGACAAGUCAGAGCUGGAGAGAUGGCAUGUCAUCGGAUAACGUAAAAGGUUUGGUUUUGGCUCUCUCGUCCAGUGUGUUUAUUGGUGCUAGUUUCAUUGUUAAGAAGAAGGGCUUGAAGAAAGCGGGUGCUUCUGGUGUUAGAGCAGGGGUUGGAGGAUAUUCUUACUUGUAUGAGCCACUAUGGUGGGUGGGCAUGAUAACAAUGAUUGUCGGGGAAAUUGCUAAUUUUGCUGCUUAUGCAUUUGCACCUGCUAUAUUGGUUACACCGCUUGGUGCUCUCAGCAUUAUUAUCAGUGCUGUACUUGCUUAUAUCAUUUUACAUGAGAAACUACAUAUUUUUGGUAUUCUUGGUUGUGCACUUUGUGUUGUGGGCUCUACAACGAUUGUGCUGCAUGCUCCUCAAGAACGUGAAAUUACAUCUGUAAUAGAAGUGUGGAAUCUUGCUACAGAGCCAGCUUUUCUCUUGUAUGCGGCUUUGGUCAUAACAGCUGUAUUUAUCAUUAUAUUCCAAUUUAUCCCAGAGUAUGGUCAGACGCACAUAAUGGCUUAUAUUGGAGUCUGUUCUCUUGUAGGUUCAUUGUCGGUUAUGAGUGUUAAAGCUCUAGGAAUUGCUCUAAAGUUAACAUUAUCUGGAAUGAAUCAGCUAAUAUAUCCCCAAACAUGGGCAUUCACUCUAAUUGUAAUUACUUGUGUGAUUACCCAAAUGAAUUAUUUGAACAAGGCACUUGACACUUUUAACACAGCUGUUGUGUCACCAAUUUACUAUGUCAUGUUUACAUCGCUUACCAUUGUGGCUAGUGUGAUCAUGUUUAAGGAUUGGGAUAGGCAGAAUCCGACCCAGAUUGUCACUGAAAUGUGUGGGUUCGUGACUAUCCUUUCAGGAACUUUUCUUCUUCACAAAACUAAGGACUUGGGUGAUGGUACAGGUAUGACAUCUAUGUCUAUGCGGUUACCUAAGCAUGCAGAUGAGGAUGGCUUCAGAUCUGAAGGCAUACCUCUAAGGCGACAAGAUUCAAUCAGAGCACCGUGAUAUCCUUUGGUUCGACCUACCUGUUCUGAUAUUCAUAAAACAUUUAUAUACUCUAGAUAUAAACUUCUCAACAUCAACUUGUAUUUCAUGGUAUUCUUUUGGGAAACGGUUGAAGGGUGAAAAUUAUCGUUUCCUUUUCCCCUUUUGGGUUCACAACGAGUCUUGUAGCUUUCAGCUAUUGCAUUUUAUACAGUUUCUCACUGCUGUCCCUAUAGAAGGCGUUGGCCAUUGUAAUUUUGAUCAGGUUUGUUAUUCAUGGUCUAUCAGUCACUCCAUUUUGCCAAUAAUUUAGUGGAUUUCUUACCAAGUUGUAAACUGAAAUUUCCAGAAAUAUAUCAUCAGAGGCAUCUUUUCUUUCUUUCA